GUGCAUCACUGUAUAUUUCUGGAUCUUCAUCUCAUGGAGUGUUGAAUCGGCCAUUUACCUUGACGUGUACAGUGUCACAAGCUGCUGGUCUCGGUGAUAUCAUAGAAUUCAGUAAUGAAACAACACCAUCAGUUGCUAAUUUAAUACAGACUGGUGAUUCAUGUUCUGUGUUUAAUCCUCCCUCAGUACCAGGUUACUCUGUAUCCUGUGGCAGUGGAACAGACAGCAGCUCGUCCACCACUAAGAAGUAUACGCUGAUGAUCAACAGAACUGCAGAAGGUGACGUUACAAACUGGUGGUGUAUUCUGAGUACAGCUAGAACACGCAGUAACACAAUCAGUCUGCAGCUUAGCAGUGGUCCAGACUCUAUUACACUGAAUCCACCACAACCUGGGUCUGUAGCAGAAGGAGGCAGUCUGACUGUGACAUGUGCUGCUAGCUGUAAUCCACCAUGUUCAUAUUCCUGGACUCGGAGAAACCAGCCGAUCUUAGCAACCUCUCAGUUAACACUGACAAACAUCAACAGGAGUCAGACAGGAAAUGUGUACACGUGUACAGCGACCAACUCACUUAUACCAAAGUCUAAAACUAAACAGUUUACACUGACAGUGUACU